GCGAGGCUCCGAGAAGUCUGCCUUAUCACCGCAACGAUAAGAAUAAUGUGGCGUGACCCUUGGGGAGAAGUGGCCAUGGCCCAGCGAGGAAGGAUGGCAGAGCCCUCUGGACCAACCUUGAGAAAGGGAGGGCAGAGGAGGGAUCAAGGAAUCUCAAGGAACCUGGAGGAAUUACCAGUCUAUAAAGCAGGGGAAAACUUGCGCGUGUUUUGGAGGAAUUUUGAGGAGUAUGCAUUUAGGCGAGAGUGGGAUGAUAAGAUGAAGCUCUCGAAAGUGACUGGGGUGGGGGGAUAUAAAAAGAAAAUUGAAGGAGUGGCAGCUGAGUGUUUGAGGUGGAAGACGUGUGUAGUCAGAUUGUGGCAGCUCAUGGGAAACUUUCCAAGGGACGAGAUUGAGGACGAUUUGACAUUUGAUGGGACAAACCUUGAUCAGUUUGUUGACAGCCUACCACUAUCUGCAGAAAAGGGUGGAUGGAAUGACGAGGAAAAGCGAAAGAGGUUGAUGGAGAGAACAAAAAAGAGUGAGAGUGAAGAAGUGAAGAGGAUUGUGGAGGAAAGAAAGGCUCAGGAGGAAGGAGAGGAAGAGGAUGUGCCAUUGAGGAACUUGAGAAGCAAGCCAAGAACUUUUUCCAAGGACAGGAGCAGAGGAUCUGACCAGGCAAUGGAAGAGGAGAAGGCAAAAAAGAAGGCGGCGGUAGAAAGAAAAAGGGGUCAGGAAGUGAAUAGGGCACCGAGGGCCAAAAGGAUUGAAGGAAGAAGAUCAGUUGAGGAUGAAAGAGAAGGAGUGGAGAUGGAGAGAAGUGAGAAGAGAGAAAGAACAGAAAAGGAUAAGGCAGUGGAAGGGGAAAAGGUGGAAGAGAGAAAGGUGGAGUAUGAAGGUUCAUCUCAACAAAAAGGGGAAGCAAGAGAAGGGCACAUAAACAAAGAAGAGAGAGCUCAGAGGGAGAAGAGGAAGAAAGGAUGGAGGGACUAUAUGAUUAGAAUGCUACAAGAUGAUGAUCUGUCUGUAAACUCCACUUCAGAUGUGAGGUUCAAGAGGAUGCUGCUUUCUGAACUGGUGGUAAGUUCCAAGCACUCCACCAACUUGCACAAACUGAUGGGAUUGCAUGAAAUGUUGGAUGAGAAGCGCACAAGGCUCUUCGAGGAAUAUGCUGAUGUUGCAAAGAAAUUGGAUGAGACGGAGAGGGGAAAGAAUGAGAAAGAAAUUAGAGAGGACAUGGAGGCAGUGGGAAAGGGGCUUCAGGCAGAGCUGAAGGGAAGCACUGAGCUCUUUACCCAAAGAUUCUUGGACUAUAUCCCUGGGUUCUUGAAGGAGAUGAGCAGGUUAAGAACGAAGGAAGAGGAAAGGGAUGCCCAUGUGACAAGAUUGACAGAGGAUUUGGAAGGGAUAAGAAGGGAAAUAGAAAACUUGAAGAAGGGGAAGGAAAAGUUGUUAAAACAAGUAAGUGCUUUGGAGGUUUCCCUGUCCCAGAAAAGCAAGGAACUGGAAGAUGAGGUGGCAGAAAGGAAGAAGAUGGAAAAAAAAGUUGAGAGUUUGUGCUCUGGGAUCAGUCUGCAAGGGGAAGACAUGUAACAAGUGAUUACAGAAAGAGAAAAGAUGAGUCAGGUAUGAGAGAAAAGGUGGGAGGAAGUACUGGAAGGGAUAAAAGAGCUCAAACUGA